CAAUCCAAGACUACAUUGUAAUCAUAAAGUUUUUCCCGAUGAAUUUUUCUGAUAUAGUGUAUAAAAACAUAAUGGCGAAUAUAAUGACAUCAAUCGCAAUCUUUAUGGUCUUGUUUUCCGGAACAUUGGCACAAUCAUUAUUUGUUGAUUAUAAUGAUUAUUCAUGUGGUUCAAGUCAAAAUGAAACCAAUGAAUUAAUCCAAGAAUUUAAAAUAUUUAAAAAAAAUAUCAACGGAAAUGAAAAUUUUAAAAAGAUUAAUGAUUUUAUUGAGAAAGCACGAUUAUUUCGUGAUAAUGCAGCCAAACAGAUGCUUGAAAUCGAUCAACAAUUAUUGACUCUAAAUGUAAUACAAAUAUCGCAACGUAUAAAACUUGAACAAAAUAAGAUUCAAUGUGAAAAAUUAACAAAAUUUUCCGAAUUACUGUCAAUGCAAUUAUUGGCUUAUGAAGUUGGAAUGUUUGAAUUUGCUGAAGAAAUAGAUCCGAAUAUUGAUUUUGAUCGUAAAAUGAAGAAUUUCUUAGACGAAACGUCCCGAUUAUUUAACUUGGCGGAAUUUGAAAAGUUGGAAAAGAAAUUUCGAAAUGCAACAUCGAUAGAAAAAUUGAAAAAUUAUAUCGAUGGGGAAUUGGUAGCGUUAAACGAUUAUAUAAAUGAAUUUUUAAAGGACAUUAUAAUGUCCGAAUUUACUGUUCAAUCACGUUAUUAUUUAAAUUUUUCGAUUGAAGAUCAAGUUCAAAUCGAUUCAACAUUGAUGACAUUUAGUGCAUUAAAAAUUCUUCUUAAUGACCUAAAGGAUUAUCUCGAGCAUUUAGAUAAUUAAUAAUGCUAAUUUUUAAUAUCAAAAAUAAAUGGACAGUUUAUCUAAAUGAAUUGAUUGAUUGAU